AUGUCUACGGUCGAGAGAUUAGACAAACCUAGUACAUACUAUUCCGCAAGGAAGAAGCGCAAGUACGGUCGCGAUCAGCCUGAAGAUGUCGACAAACAAGCAGAACAAGACGAUCUGUUGAAAGAUGCCACCACACUCUACGUGGGGAACUUGUCGUUUUACACCACCGAAGAGCAGAUCCACGAGUUAUUCUCCAAAUGCGGUGAAAUCAAACGUCUCAUCAUGGGUCUGGACCGUUUCCAGAAGACGCCGUGUGGCUUUUGCUUCGUGGAAUACUACACACAUCAAGAGGCUUUGGACUGCAUGAAGUACAUUGGCGGCACCAAGCUCGACGAACGCGUCAUCAGAACCGACCUCGAUGCGGGAUUCCAAGAGGGCCGACAGUAUGGCCGCGGCAAAUCGGGUGGGCAAGUCAGGGACGAAUACCGAGAUGAGUUCGACCCAGGAAGAGGAGGCUACGGCCGGGCGAUUGACGCAGAGAGAAAGAAGGAGGAGGAAGAAUACGGUGGGGGCAGAUGA